AUGGCACACACUUUCGCCGUCAACGACGUGGAGAAGGGAUUCGGUAACCAGUAUGCUACCCUUGAAGACGGGGCUGUAGCUGGUGAAAGCUUUGAAAUCGGCAACACUUGGUCCGCGAAAUUACAGCGUCUGGCUGGCAAAUUCAAUGUCGAACAGCGUGGCAUUGAGCGUGUUCCCGAGGAUGAAAGGACUGAAACGGGCUUCCGUGCUUUGUUAAAUGUUUCAACUAUGUGGCUGUCCGCCAAUCUGGUCGUCUCAUCCUUUGCCAUCGGCAUCCUCGGAAACGGCAUCUGGGGAUUGGGUGUCGCUGAUGCCAUGCUCACCGUCCUCUUCUUCAACUUACUCGGUGUCUUGCCAGUCUGCUUCUUCUCCUGCUUCGGUCCGGUCUUCGGCUUACGGCAGAUGGUGCUUUCUCGAUUCUGGUUCGGUUGGUGGGGUGUGAAGCUGAUCGCUGUUCUUAACGUUCUCGCUUGUCUCGGAUGGUCGGCUGUCAACGCCAUUGUUGGUGCGCAACUCAUCAACGCCGUCAACAACGACGUUCCAGGCUACGCGGGAAUCCUGAUCAUCUCUCUCUGCACACUCGUCGUUACACUCUUCGGAUACAAGAUCGUGCAUGCGUACGAGUUCUGGUCAUGGGUCCCCGCCUUCAUUGUCUUCCUCAUCACGCUUGGUGUGUUCGCACACAGCGGCGAUUUCGUCAACAUCCCAUGGAACGUCGGUACCUCAGAGAUGGGUGGGGUGUUCUCCUUCGGCUCCGUCGUGUUCGGCUUCGCCACCGGAUGGACUUCAUACGCUGCCGACUACACCGUCUACCAUUCGUCAACCCAAUCCAAGCGCAAAGUCUUUUUCUGGACCUGGCUCGGAUUGAUCAUCCCUCUCAACUUCUGCAUGAUGCUGGGUGUCGCCAUCAUGAGCGCCACCACCCUCAACGGUGGAGACAACCGCUACGCCGAAGGCUACCACGCAUCCCACACCGGUGGUCUCCUCGGCGCCGUGCUGAUCUACCAACUCGGCGGCUUCGGCAAAUUCUGCCUGAUCAUCCUCGCCCUCACCAUCAUCGCAAACAACUGCCCCAACAUCUACAGCGUGAGCUUGACCGCCCAGGUCCUCUCGCGAUACACCCAGCGCGUGCCGCGUUUCAUCUGGACCGCCGUCGGUACCGCCAUCUACAUCGCCGUCGCAAUUCCAGGCUACGGCAAUUUCCUCGCCGUGCUGGAGCAAUUCAUGAGCUUCAUCGGCUACUGGCUAGCCAUUUACGAGGGCAUCUCCAUCACCGACCACUUCGUCUUCAAGCGCGGUUUCAGCGGCUACAAGCCCGAGGAUUACGACCACCCGGAACGAUUACCCACGGGCAUUGCGGCGAUGUUCGCCUUCGCGUGCGGUGUUGUCGGCAUGGUCAUGGGUAUGAGCCAGCAGUGGUUUGUUGGUCCGAUCGCACUUGCUGCUGGUGCGGCGCCGUUCGGAGGCGAUGUGGGCUUCGAGCUGGCGUUUGCUUUUGCGGCGGUGGGAUAUCUCAUCUCAAGGCCGCUGGAGUUGAAGCAUUUCGGACGAUAA